CAAAAACAUAAUAAUAUCUCAGUUACCUUCACAAUAUAGCAAAUCUCUUCAAAAUCAGAAGUCACAAUGAAGAACUUUCUCAGUGGAAAUGAGGUUGGUGUUCCCAUGAGUUCAGCAGUAUGCUCAUUUGAACGGCAGCAAAAAAGAUUACUGUCUCUCUCUGCCUGCCAAGACCAUCUUUCAUCUGCAACUUCAAAACACUUUCCUAAAAUAAAGAAAAGAAAAUCUGUAAUUAGUAAGAUGAACAAACUUGGAGAAAGGAUGGACUGUCUUGCACAAGGCAUCCGCGAGUAUGUGAGCCUUAGCCCGAAGCUAACGGAAACUGUGAAGGGAAAAUUGAGCCUUGGAGCAAAAAUUCUUCAAGUAGGAGGGUUGGAGAAAAUAUUCAAGCAGAAGUUUAGAGUUAAAGAUGAUGAAGAGCUAUUGAAUGUUUCUCAAUGCUAUUUAUCAACGACAGAUGGUCCAAUAGCAGGCCUCCUCUUCAUCUCUACCGAUAAGAUUGCUUUCUGCAGUGAGAGAUUAAUAAAGUUCUUAUCUCCAACUGGAAAGUUGCUUAGAAUCUACUAUAAGGUAUCGAUCCCAAUAAGUAAGACAAUGAAAGCAAAAGAGAGUGAAAAUAGGGAAAAACCAUCACAGAAGUAUAUACAAGUAAUUACAGAGGAUGAUUUUGAGUUCUGGUUUAUGGGAUUCCUUAAUCAUCAAAAGACUCUGAGAUAUCUGCACCAGGCAAUUUCAAGUACUUCAAGCAGCUAAGAAGACAAAAUAUUUUCCUUUCUUUUUUCAUUUUUUUUCUUAUUACACCCAUUCAUCAAUGUAAAAUGUUGAUGCAAAAUGAAUGUACAGAUCUCUUCAAACUUGUAAUUAGCUCCAUUGUUCAAUGGAGAUUUUAGGUUUCUUAGUCUUUGAGCCGUAGCUGUUAACACGAAUGUAUAGACUUAUUGUAAAAGUAAUGCAGUCAGAAGGUUAAUUUAUCUUUUGG